CGGCGCGAGGACCCGCCAGGGCCGCCCGACCGCCCGGUGCUGAGCGGCCCGGCCGAGAGCGGAAGCGAAAGAGGCGCCGCGCGGACCCCCGCGCCACCCCCCCGGGAGCCUCGCCACGGCCUCCCCGGAGCAGGAGGCAUUUGGCCCGACCAGAAGUGCCAGUGGUGGUGGACCCAGAGACGUGGCACUUCCUCCAGUGUCGCUGCCAGAAACUUCAGCCAGUCAAAUGCACCCUGACAGUAAACUGGCCAACCAUGGAAAGACAGGGCAAAGUCAGGCGGGAACGCAGUGUCUCCGUGGAUUCGGGAGAGCGGCGGGAAGCAAGUGCCACCCCACUGGACAAGGAGCUGAAAGGUGAGACAGUCCCUCGGAGCAAGAGACGCUGCGUGCUGGAGAGGAAGCAACCCUACAGCGGGGACGAGUGGUGCUCUGGGCCGGAGAGCGAGGAUGACGACAAAUCCCUGGGCAGCAGCCACAAUUGCCACGUAGCCGAGUCGGCCAUGAGCACAGGUGCACAGCUGGGCCCGGGAUCCAACCCUUUGCCGGCCCUGAGCGAGAGCAACACGCCUGGCGCCCCUCACAGUGCAGCUCCCAACCUGCGAUCAGACGCUGGAGGAAAGCAGAGCCUGCAGCUGGUCUAUGUCUUCACCACACACCUGGCCAACACGGCUGCGGAGGCCGUCCUUCAGGGCCAGGCAGACUCCAUUCUUGGCUACCAUCAGCAACAUGUGCCCCGGGCAAAGUUGGACCAGCCAAGCCCUCUCCCGAAGAUGCCAGGUGCCGUUGAACCCCUGCCGCUCCACUUGUCUCCUGCCAAUACUCCUCAAGGACCGCCAGCCCUGCCCCCAAGCAGCCAGGCCCAGGGACAGCAGGCGGGAGGGGCCCCGCUGGGGCUCAGCCAAGGACCUCUCUCUUCCAGCAAUGCUCUCCCGCCAGAGGGGGCCCCUGAAGAGGCUUGCCAGGACCUGACACCCAACUCAGUGGGAAACGGCAGCAACAGCAGCAGCUCAGUGGCCCCCAGCAGCACCCACCCCAGCACCCCCACCGCGCUCAGCUCCCUGCAGGCCAGCACUGCGGAGGGCUUGUUGGGAGGGGCCAGCAGGUCUUUCCAGGAGGGGGCACAACUUGGGAAGGCGUGGGAGGGUCAGCCCUCUGAAGCUGGGAGAGGUGACUUGUUAGGUGCUUGUGUAUUUGUGGGUGACGAAGGGAAUUCCUCUGGCCUGCCACCUGCUGGGCACUUCAGGGAAAGCAGCAACAACCUGGGGCACUCUGCGGAUGACUUCUCUUGUGCUGCCCCUGCAUGUGUGAAUCAAGCCGAGCUCUCUCAGCUCUUCACCAGCCAAUCUGGUGCCACAACGGCUGCUGAACUGCAGCGGUUGUUCAGCCUGCCAUGA